AAAUUGUAAAGAGAUAGAGGGUGUACUCUUUAAAUUAAGGAUAAACCCUACUUAUCAUAUCAAACCCCCGGCAGAAGAAAAACACGCACAGCCUUUGUUCCCAAAUCGAAGAAGAAGAAGACCAAACUGUUGAUGACGUCAUCAAAUUUGCUACUUGAAGCUCACUUCUUACACAUUCCAAAGCAGGCGAGUCUCAGCAAUGGAUUCCGUUUGGUUAAUUGGAAGAAAGAAACUGUUUCGAGAUGUGGUAGUAGUCUCUGCGUUGACCAUGUAGCUGAUCUUUCCGAGAGAACCUCAUCACUCCACAAUAACAACAAAGCGAAACCACCGAGGAUGGUUGUUUUCUCAUCAGAUGGACCAAUCACAGAGAACAAGCAAGACGCAAACAACAACAUCCUCCACAGCCUCUGCAGCCACGGGAAGCUAACAGACGCCUGCAAACUCGUCGAAGUCAUGGCUCGUCACAACCAACUCCCUCACUUCCCUUCUUGCACCAACCUAGUCCGCGGCUUAGCAAGAAUCGACCAAACCGAUAAAGCCAUGUGCAUUUUAAAAAUCAUGGUGAUGUCCGGUGGAGUUCCGGACACCAUCACCUACAACAUGGUCAUUGGUAACCUCUGCAAGAAAGGUGAUCUGAGAUCCGCUUUGUCCCUCUUAGAAGACAUGAGCCUGAGCGGGACAUCUCCCGACGUGAUCACUUACAAUACACUGAUUCGGUUCAUGUGUGAUAACGGGAACGCAGAGGACGCGGUUGAGUUUUGGAAAAAUCAGUUACGAAGCGGUUGUCCUCCUUACAUGAUCACCUUCACCGUGUUGGUGGAGCUCGUGUGUAGGUACUGCGGGAGCGGUAGAGCUAUAAAGGUGGUGGAGGACAUGGCGGUCGAAGGUUGUUAUCCUGAUAUUGUAACGUAUAACUCUCUUGUGAACUUUAACUGUAGGAGAGGGACGUUGGAGGAUGUUGCGUUGGUGAUUAAACAUAUUUUGUCUCACGGAGUUGAGCUCAACACCGUGAGUUACAACACGCUUUUGCAUUCGCUAUGUUCGCACGGGUACUGGGACGAAGUUGAUGAGAUCUUGAGUAUAAUGUACGAGACUUCGUACUCUCCUACGGUUAUCACUUACAACAUUUUGAUAAACGGUUUGUGCAAGGCGGGGAUGUUGAGCCGCGCGAUUGAUUUCUUCUACCAGAUGCUGGAGCAGGGGUGUUCGCCUGACAUCGUCACUUACAACACGGUUCUUGGAGCAAUGUCUAAAGAAGGGAUGGUCAACGAGGCGAUGGUGCUGCUUGCUUUGCUGAGGAAGACUAGGUGUUGUUCUCCGGGGCUGAUCACUUACAACUCUGUGAUCGAUGGGUUGGCUAGGAAGGGUAUGAUGGAGAAAGCGUUGGCGCUGUACAAUCAGAUGGUGGAGGAUGGAGUGUGUCCUGAUGAUAUUACGCGCCGGUCUUUGAUCUACGGGUUCUGCAGGGCGAACUUGGUUGAGGAAGCGAGUCAGGUUUUGAAGGAGACGAGUAAUAGAGGGAAUGGGAUUAGAGGGAGUACUUAUAGGUUGGUGAUUGAAGGGCUGUGUAAGAAGGGAGAGAUGGAGAUGGCGGUGCAGGUUGUUGAGAUCAUGCUGACGAGUGGGUGUAAGCCGGAUGAGAGGAUAUAUACAGCGAUUGUUAAAGGUGUUGAAGAGAUGGGAAUGGGGAGUGAGGCUGGUGAGUUGCGGAAGAAGCUUAGGCAGUGGAAACUCUUGAGGGAAGUGUAGAGAAAAUGUGUUCAAGGUCUUUCUUUUGUUGGUUGUUUUUUUUUUGUACAGGAAACAAGUUUUGUUAAGUCUGAAAUGGUUUGAAUUAGAGAUUAGCUUAUGUCUUCUCUCCAAUAGUUUAGUAUGUUCCAGUGUCUUGUUAUGUUUCUGGUCACUCUUUUCCGUUUAUUUCUCUUAACUGUAUUAUCUUCAGCCUCAGAUUUCAAGUUUUAUGUCAAUUAUAUGGUUAUGUAA